UAGCCCCGAGAUGCUGCCGCUGCUGCUGCUGCCCCUGCUGUGGGCCGGGGCCCUGGCCCAGGGUCCGGGAUUCCAGCUGCAGGUGCAGGAGUCCGUGACGGUGCAGGCGGGCCAGUGCGUCUCCGUGCCCUGCACUGUGUCCUACCCCAGAAUUGGCUGGACUGACUCCACCCCAGCUCACGGCUACUGGUUCCGGGAAGGGGACGACACAAACAAGCAGAAGCCUGUGGCCACGAACCACCCCAGCAGGACAGUGAAGGCGGAGACCAGGGACCGAUUCCACCUCGUUGGGGAUCCCCAGACCUAUGACUGCUCCUUGCACAUCAGAGACGCAAAGAGAAGCGACACAGGGAGAUACUUCUUUAGGGUGGAGCGAGGGACUUGUGUGAAGGAGAAUUACAAAGAGAACCUGCUCUUUGUAAAUGUAACAAGCAAGACGGUUCAAGCUCCGGCACCCAAACCUGACAUCCACCUCCAGGAGACCCUGGAAUCUGGCCACCCCAAGAACAUUACCUGUACAGUGUCAUGGGACUGUAAGAAAGACCCACCACCCCAGCUGUCCUGGACGGGGGUCAACCGCACCCCCCUGGGUCCCCAGACUCAGAACUCCUCAGUGCUCACCCUCACACCGCAGCCUCAGGACCACGGCACCAACCUCACCUGUCGGGUGGCCUUGAAAGAUGACCUGAUCAGCGAGAGGACCAUCCUGCUCAAUGUGUCCUACGCCCCCCAGCUGCUGGGACCCUCUUGCUCGCGGGAGGACCAGGGUCUGCGCUGCAGCUGCUCCUCCCGAGCCCAGCCGGCCCCCUCGCUGCGCUGGCGGCUGGGGGAGACGCUGCUGGAGGGGAACCACAGCAACGCCUCCCACGCGGUCACCACGCACCCCGCGGGGCCCUGGGCCAACAGCUCCCUGAGCCUCCGUGGGGAGCUGAGUUCCAACCUCAGGCUCAGCUGCGAGGCCCAGAACGCCCACGGGAGACAGGCCGUGACUGUCCUGCUGCUGCCAGGACAGGAGAGACCAGCAGACAGGACGGGAGUGAUUCUGGGGGCUCUCGGGGGAGCUGGUGCCACAGCCCUGCUCGCUGUCUGCCUCGGCCUCAUCCUAUGGAGGAUCUACAGCAAGAAACGGGCAGGCAGCCCGCAGAGCGCAGAGAGCCAGGACGGCGUGUCCCAGAGCCACCUGGAUGCCCCCUCCGCCCCCGACCUGCCCCCGGCGGUGGCCGCCUCCGACUCAGAGCGUGAGCUCUAUUACAAUGCUCUCCAUCUCCCCAACACGAAGCCACAGGACCCUCAGGCCCAGGAGACCACCCUGUACUCUGAGAUCGCGAUCCAGAAAUGGUGACGC